AGUGCUGGGCUGGUUUGGCGAGCCCCAGCGAGCUGAGCAGCGCCCGCGCGCGAGCGAGCAAGCGCGCCGUGCGCUGGCCCGAGGGGGGGGAACCGAACCAAGAUCGCUCAGGCGCCCCAGGCUGGCAGGAGCUACGGAGGGGGACCCCAUCACACACGCCCUCUCUCCAGCUGCCCCUCCUCGGGUACCUCCCUCCCCCCACCCCCAACCGAUCUUGCACGGCACAAAGUCCCACCCCGGGCUUCCCCCUAGAAAGAGCUCACCUCCAGGAGUUCCGGACCUAAGCGAGCUCACAGGUCCCCUUCCCGGGGCCGCUGCCGCCGCCGCAGCCGCAGCCCGGGCAGCAUGGUCCAGCUCCGCGUCCUGACUUUGAUGAACUUCCCCUGCUGCGUCCUGGAGGUGCUGCUGUGCGCGCUGGCGGCGGCGGCGCGCGGCCAGGAGAUGUACGCCCCGCACUCCAUCCGGAUCGAGGGGGACGUCACCCUCGGGGGGCUGUUCCCCGUGCACGCCAAGGGUCCCAGCGGAGUGCCCUGCGGGGACAUCAAGAGGGAGAACGGGAUCCACAGGCUGGAAGCGAUGCUGUACGCCCUGGAUCAGAUCAACAGCGAUCCCAACCUGCUGCCCAACGUGACGCUGGGCGCGCGGAUCCUGGACACUUGUUCCAGGGACACUUAUGCGCUCGAACAGUCGCUCACUUUCGUCCAGGCGCUCAUCCAGAAGGACACCUCCGAUGUGCGCUGCACCAACGGUGAACCCCCGGUUUUCGUCAAGCCGGAGAAAGUAGUUGGAGUGAUCGGGGCUUCGGGGAGUUCCGUCUCCAUCAUGGUAGCCAACAUCUUGAGGCUUUUCCAGAUUCCCCAGAUUAGUUACGCGUCCACGGCCCCCGAGCUCAGUGAUGACCGGCGCUACGAUUUCUUCUCCCGUGUGGUCCCACCGGAUUCCUUCCAAGCCCAGGCCAUGGUAGACAUCGUCAAGGCUCUGGGCUGGAACUAUGUGUCCACGCUCGCGUCUGAGGGAAGCUAUGGAGAGAAAGGUGUGGAAUCCUUCACGCAGAUUUCCAAAGAGGCAGGUGGGCUCUGCAUUGCCCAGUCGGUGAAAAUCCCCCAAGAGCGCAAAGACAGGACCAUUGACUUUGAUAGAAUUAUCAAACAGCUCCUGGACACCCCCAACUCCAGGGCCGUCGUCAUUUUUGCCAACGAUGAGGAUAUAAAGCAGAUCCUCGCAGCAGCCAAAAGAGCCGAUCAAGUGGGCCACUUCCUUUGGGUGGGAUCAGACAGCUGGGGAUCCAAAAUAAACCCGCUGCACCAGCACGAGGACAUCGCCGAGGGCGCCAUCACCAUCCAGCCCAAGAGAGCAACGGUGGAAGGGUUUGAUGCGUACUUUACAUCCCGUACCCUGGAGAACAAUAGAAGAAACGUGUGGUUUGCAGAAUACUGGGAAGAAAACUUCAACUGUAAAUUGACGAUUAGCGGAUCCAAAAAAGAAGACACAGAUCGCAAAUGCACAGGGCAGGAGAGAAUUGGCAAAGAUUCCAACUAUGAGCAGGAGGGGAAAGUGCAGUUCGUGAUCGACGCCGUGUAUGCCAUGGCCCACGCCCUUCACCACAUGAACAAGGACCUCUGUGCUGAUUAUCGGGGCUUGUGCCCAGAGAUGGAGCACGCCGGGGGUAAGAAGCUGUUGAAGUAUAUCCGCAACGUGAACUUCAAUGGAAGUGCUGGCACCCCGGUGAUGUUUAACAAGAAUGGAGACGCGCCUGGGCGCUAUGACAUCUUUCAGUACCAGACAACCAACACCACCAACCCUGGCUAUCGUCUGAUCGGGCAGUGGACGGACGAGUUACAGCUGAACAUAGAAGACCUGCAGUGGGGGAGAGGUGUCCGGGAGAUCCCCUCCUCCGUGUGCACACUGCCCUGCAAACCCGGCCAGAGGAAGAAGACCCAGAAAGGCACCCCAUGCUGCUGGACGUGUGAGCCCUGCGACGGAUACCAGUACCAGUUUGAUGAGAUGACCUGCCAGCACUGUCCCUACGACCAGAGGCCCAACGAGAACCGGACAGGCUGUCAGAACAUCCCCAUCAUCAAGCUGGAGUGGCACUCCCCCUGGGCGGUCAUCCCCGUCUUCCUGGCCAUGUUGGGCAUCAUCGCCACCAUCUUCGUCAUGGCCACCUUCAUCCGUUACAACGACACACCCAUCGUCCGGGCAUCCGGGCGCGAGCUCAGCUACGUGCUGCUGACCGGCAUCUUCCUGUGCUACAUCAUCACCUUCCUGAUGAUCGCCAAGCCCGACGUGGCCGUCUGCUCCUUCCGACGAGUCUUCCUGGGCUUGGGGAUGUGCAUCAGCUACGCGGCCCUGUUGACCAAAACCAAUCGGAUUUAUCGCAUCUUUGAGCAAGGUAAGAAAUCGGUGACUGCCCCCCGGCUCAUCAGCCCCACGUCCCAGCUGGCCAUCACGUCCAGCUUGAUAUCCGUGCAGCUCCUUGGGGUUUUCAUUUGGUUUGGCGUCGACCCGCCCAACAUCAUCGUAGACUAUGAUGAGCACAAGACCAUGAACCCGGAGCAGGCCAGGGGCGUGCUCAAAUGCGACAUCAGCGAUCUGCAAAUCAUUUGCUCCUUGGGGUACAGUAUCCUCCUCAUGGUGACCUGUACAGUGUAUGCCAUCAAGACUCGGGGCGUCCCGGAGAACUUCAAUGAGGCCAAGCCCAUCGGCUUCACCAUGUACACCACGUGUAUAGUGUGGCUGGCCUUCAUUCCGAUUUUUUUCGGGACAGCGCAGUCAGCAGAAAAGCUCUACAUACAAACUACCACGCUUACAAUCUCCAUGAACCUAAGUGCGUCAGUGGCGCUGGGAAUGCUGUACAUGCCGAAAGUGUACAUCAUCAUUUUCCAUCCUGAACUCAAUGUCCAGAAGCGGAAGCGAAGUUUCAAGGCGGUAGUCACAGCGGCUACCAUGUCAUCUCGGCUGUCACACAAACCCAGUGACAGACCCAACGGCGAGGCAAAGACAGAGCUCUGUGAAAACGUAGACCCAAACAACUGUAUACCACCAGUAAGAAAGAGUGUACAAAAGUCUGUUACUUGGUAUACUCUCCCACCAACAGUAUAGCUUUUGACUGCUUUCCAAAGGCCCUGCUGCAAAAAAGAAGUAUGUCAGUUAUAAUAACCUGGUUAUCUAGCCUGUUCCAUCCCAUGGUACCCUGAAGGAGGAAGACCCUCACUUAUUCUGUCACCCAACCUGGCAUAGGACUCUUUCGGUCCUGCGCGCUUCCCAACACCCGGAAGAGUUACCCAGGCCAGGAGACCAACGUUAGAGGAUCCAAGUGUUCUAAACAGCUGCUUCAUGAAAAUAUUGUUACUUUAUCUUGGCUUAAUAAGUCACUGGCAUCCACACUGCCAACUUGGCUGCAAUUCUGGACCUUCCCUUACCAAAGGGAGAGUUGAGACUCAAGUCCCAACCAGGCUCUUUAGGAGAAAUCGCUGAGAGCCAGAGGACCGAUCUGGGGCUGCCUUGUCUUUCUACGUAUGUAUUUCCAGGCUGCAAGGUUUUGAAAUUUUCUGUACAGUUUGUGAGGACUUUUGCACUUUUGCCAUCCGAUGUUGUACCUUGGUUCUCUGUUUGUUUUCGAAUGCCCUGUUUUCAUAGAGCACCUAUUCUCUCAGAUGGUGGAAUCUUUGGGGAAGUUUUAAAAUAAAAAAAAAAAACUCAUAAAAGUGAUCUCGGCAGACACUGAAAAAAAAAUCCCUCCACAUACAUCUGUACAUGACUGUAUAAUUCUGAUAUAGAACCACUGCAAAUCACAUUAUUUUUUUUAAAACAACAAAAAAAAGAUAUUUAAAGACCAAAAACUGUGCUGGGAAAGUAGACUCCACCUAUCUCUGCUACACGGUAGGUUACACAGAAGGAAAGUAUCGGCCGAAUGGAAGCGAGGUCUUGAUCUUCGGAAUGCAUGUCAGUAAUGUAUUUUUACAGUACAUGUUAAUAAUUUACGUUGGCUAUUUGUAUUUGUGUUCUCUUUCGUUAUUUUCAUUAGGGUAUAUGGGUAUUUUGCAAUAAUUUGAAUAAUUAUUAAGCUAUUUGGAGGAAAGAAUAUGGAUUUUUCACGUCUUGAGGUUUUGUUCAUGCGCCCCCCCAUGACUGAACAGUGUGACAAGAACAAAAAGCAUGUAUGUUUUUUACUGUUUGUAAUAAGUACUUUCGUUAAUCUUGCUGCUUAUGUGCCAAUUUAGUGAAAAAAAGUUUCCCUUGCUGAAAACAAAAAAUUCCCUCUUUCCAUUCUCUUUCGAUUCUGUGGUAUUGUCCAAGAAUGUAUCAAUAAAAUACUUUGGUUAACUUUUU